AUGAAUACAAUUGUUAGUAGGGUGGAUUAUGGUUCCUGGUUUCAAUAUGUAAAAGAAUGGGAGACGUAUAUCCUAGAACACUCCGAUCACUUUAUACAUGUGAUAUUUUAUGAAGAACUACACAAAAACAACGUAGAAGAAAUAAAACGAUUGGCGAAAUUUUUUGGACUCGAACCAAGUGAAGAACUUGUGCAGGCUAUUUCUGAGAAAUGUCAGUGUAUAAAGAUCGUAGAGAAAUAUAUAUCGGGAAUUACACAUUGUACCGAAAAGGAAAAGUUGGCGAUUGGAAAAAUUGGUUUACAGUGGCACAGAAUGAGGAAUUUGAUAAACAUUAUUUGAUAAUUUGCUGCUAGUUGUGGAAUGUAGUUUCUAUUUACGUGACUGUAAUGUACGAGUAAAAAAAGAUGUGUUAAGAUGUAUGUACGAUAUACAAAGUCUUUGUCAGUAUUUAAUUUAUUUGAUAUCCGGCAGUUAAAAAUACAUGUAAAAGUGGAAAAUAUGCUCAUAUUUUCAAUGAAUGUAUGUCAUUUCUAUAUGCAAUGCAUUGUUAAUAAGAUUGUUUUAUAUUUCUCACAUACAUUUCAUUUAAUCCUAUUUUAAAAUUGUAUUUAUAUACCAAAUGUAUUGAUUGGCCUUUACUUGAAUUAUAAAUUGAAUAUUACAUGCAUUACAAUUUUAUAACUUAUGUUGUUUACUUCAUAUAUUACAUAUUAAGUGUUUGUGAUAUAAACAUAUGUAUUACCUCA